GUAUUACUGUCUUGCAGCUGUUGCUGCCAUGCUGAAAUACAUUGAGUUCAUUCAAAAUUCAGUUUAUGCACCUAAGUCACUUAAAAUUCGUUUCCAUGGAAGUGAGCAAACAGCAAUGAUUGAUUCAACAUCAGCCCUAAAUCUUGAAUUAAUUACUAACAAUAGAGAUCCUAGGAAGGGUCAUACUCUUUUUGGCAUUCUAAAUUAUACUAAGACACCAGGGGGAAGUCGAAGACUUAGGUCUAAUAUUCUAGAACCCCUGAUUGAUGCUGAUAGUAUCAACACAAGAUUGGAUUCUGUUCAAGAGCUUCUUCAGGAUGAGGAAUGCUUUUUUGGUCUUCAGUCAGUUAUAGCAAGAUUUUUGGACACUGAACAAUUACUUUCAAUUCUAGUACAAAUUCCAAAGCAGGAUACGGUUAAUGCAUCUGAAUCAAAGAUAACCAAUUUAAUUUAUCUGAAGCAUACCUUGGAACUUGUGGAGCCUUUGAAGGAAGCCUUAAAAAGCUAUAAGACUCCAUUGUUAAAAGCUUAUUAUAGCUCUUUGGAAGAUAGCAGGUUUGAGAUCAUUCUUGAAAAGAUUAAAACUGUUAUUAAUGAUGAUACAAGAUACACAAAAGGAUGUUUGAAUAUGAGAACUCAGAAGUGCUAUGCAGUGAAGCCUAAUGUUAAUGAAUUUCUUGAUAUAGCACGAAGAACCUAUACUGAAAUUGUGGAUGAUAUAGCUGGAAUGAUAACACAGCUUGCAGAAAAGUAUAACCUUCCUUUGAAAACAAGCUUUAGUUCAGCUCGAGGAUUUUUUAUUCAGAUGAACGCUGAUUGUACAGCAAUACACAAUGGUCAACUUCCUUCAGAAUUUACCAAGAUUACUAAAAUGAAAAAUGUAUAUAGUUUUACUUCACCCGAUUUAAUGAAAAUGAAUGAAAGAUGCCAGGAAUCCUUGAGAGAAAUCUAUCACAUGACUUACUUGAUAGUGUGCAAACUAUUGAGUGAAAUCUAUGAAUAUAUCCAUUGCUUGUACAAACUCUCAGACACUGUCUCUAUGCUAGAUAUGCUGCAGUCAUUUGCCCAUGCUUGCACACUUUCUGAUUAUGUACGUCCUGAGUUUACAGAUACAUUAGCAAUAAAGCAAGGAUGGCAUCCUGUUCUUGAAAAAAUACAUUUUGAGAAACCUGUUGCCAAUGAUACUUAUAUCACAGAAGGAAGUAAUUUUAUAAUAAUUACAGGACCAAAUAUGAGUGGAAAAUCAACCUACCUAAAACAGAUAGCCCUUUCUCAGAUUAUGGCACAAAUGGGUUCUUUUGUCCCAGCAGAAUAUUCUUCUUUCAGGAUUGCUGAACAAAUAUUUACUAGAAUAGGUAUGGAUGAUGAUAUAGAAACAAAUUCAUCAACAUUCAUGAAAGAAAUGAAAGAGGUAACAUAUAUCAUACAAAAUGCUAAUGACAGAUCACUUAUCAUAAUUGAUGAGCUUGGCAGAGGUACCAGUCCUGAAGAAGGCAUCGGCGUAUGUUAUGCAGUCUGUGAAUAUCUUCUAAAUUUGAAAGCAUUUACACUCUUUGCUACUCAUUUCUUGGAAUUAUGUCAGAUUGAUACCUUAUAUCCCAAUGUGGAAAACAAUUACUUUGAAGUGCAGCAUGUAAGAAGCAGUUAUGAAAUUAUGGAGAAAAUUGCUUAUACUUACAUUCUUUCUAAAGGACACACAGAGGAAAAAAACUAUGGCUUGAAAGCUGCAGAAGUUUCCUCUCUUCCAUUAUCAAUAAUAUUGGAUGCCAAGAAGCUAAUAACUCUUAUUGAUAGACAAAUAUUGCAGCAGCAAAGAACUGAUCCUGAAAUAUUAAAGGAGAAGGCUAUAUAUCACUUAGCAAAUAGAUUGAUUCAGACUGCUCGCAACUCUCAAUUGGAUCCCGACAGCUUGCGAAUAUACUUGAAAGGUUUGAAGAAAAAGUAUGAAACUGAUUGCAUUGCUUCUGAACAAGUACCUGCAGAUGUCAGAUGACCAUCAAUAAUGUAUGCUCCAUUCUGAAGGAUUAACUAAUGCAAAUAUGACUAGAAUUGAAAAUUAUAUAUACAUGACCGUUAUUUUUUUAUGUCACUAUAUUUCUGGAGUAUUCUUUCUAAUAUACAGUUGAUAUAUAUUAAUUGUACAGUAAAUACAUUCUUAAUUAAACUGAAAAUAUUAACAAGAACAUGUAAUGAAAUUAUUAAUUUAAGAAAUUCCACAAAAAUUAAGAUUAGCUGAGAGCUUUUAUUUACCAAAGGUCUCAUCUGUUUUUAAAAAUUUCAUUUAUCAAUCCAUUAAUGUCACUUAAUAAAAUAUGCAGUAUUAGACAAACAAAAUAAUUAUUCUUUUUUCCAGAAGUAUGCUGAGAGAGAAAGUGAACAAAAUAACAACAACAAUUUGCUAGUCAAUUUAUCUGAGACUUAGAGAAAUCUGUUCAUUGUUUGGCUAUCUAGAUGGGUUGACUUAAGAAAUUUAUCUCUAUUGUUUUCUUCUUCCUUUUAAUGUAUUUCUUAUGAAAUUUAU